CACACACACACACACACACUCUGUGUCUCUCUCUCUGUUGUUGUUCAGCUCGACGCGGAGCUAACAGUAGCUCACAGCUAAGCUAACAGAUGUCCUCUACUCUGUCCGGGCUCGACGAUCAUUAACCCCGUGUCCUCGGUGUCCGUUUGUCCCCUGUGCAGCUAGCUGCUGUUAUCAUGUCCCAGCUAAGCGCACAGUGUUAUUGACAUUAGCUCCGGCCGUUAGCCUCCACUCUGUUUACGUGUAUGGACGGGUUAGCAUGAGAGCUAAUAGCGCAGUUAGCCGCUGUCGCGCACGGUGUUAAUUUAACAAAUGUCCCGUAUUUUGUCCCCGGACAUGUGUCUCCGUGUCCACACCGCGCAGUCCGGGACUCUCAGUCCGCACAGCUAGCAUUAGCUGUUAGCUCGCAGGAGGCCGAUGUCUUUGUUGUGUGACCAGCUCUGUUAGCAGGACAGUUAGCAGAUGCUAGGCUAACCGGUUGUUUCGCGUAGCUUUUUUUUGUUACGUUCGCAUUUCACAUUUGUGGUCCUUAACAUGCAGCUGUGACGUCACUGGUCAUCACCCGGCAUCAUCACCAUGGCCAUGACGUCAGUGUACGUCAUAAACUUGCUCGUUCUGUCAGGAUGCAUUGCUGCCCCUCAGAUGAGCGACAACGUCUACGUGUCGGGAAUCUCCAGCGCGUGCAGUGAUGUGGCCGAGCUCCUGCGAGCGUCCAGUGGCAUCAUCACCAGCCCGGGCUGGCCGUUCCAGUAUCCUGCCAGACUCAACUGUAGCUGGAACAUCAGAGCUCGACCUGGAGACACCAUCACCAUCAGUUUCCAGGACUUUGACCUGCAGGGUUCACACCGCUGCUCCUCAGACUGGAUGUCCAUCAGCAGCUACAGGAGUCUGGACGGUCUGAGGGUGUGUGGCUCCUCCCUGCCUCCUCCGUACAUCUCCUCCCAGGACCACGUCUGGAUCCACUUCCACUCUGACGACAUUUUGACGGGAAAAGGCUUCAGACUGUCCUAUAUCACAGGUAAAGCGGAGGCGUCCAGCUGUGACGUGGACCAGUUCCACUGCUCUAACGGGAAGUGUGUCCCUGACUGGUGGCGCUGUAACUCCAUGGACGAGUGUGGGGACAAUUCAGACGAGGAGCUGUGUGUGGACUCGCCCUUCUCCUUCCAGCCCUGCAGCCUCAACCAGUUCCCCUGUCUGUCGCGCUACACCCGCAUCUACACCUGCCUGCCCCACAGCCUGCGCUGCGACGGCAGCAUCGACUGCCAGGAUCUCGGCGAUGAGAUUGACUGUGACGUUCCCACCUGUGGAGAACAGUUGAGGAACUUCUACGGUUCCUUCACUUCUCCAAACUACCCCGACUUCUACCCUCCAGGAAGUAACUGCACCUGGCUGAUCGACACCGGAGACCACAGAAAGGUGAUCCUGAGGUUCACAGACUUUAAACUGGACGGGACGGGUUAUGGCGACUACGUGAAAGUGUACGAUGGUCUGGAGGAGAACCCUCGCCGUCUGCUUCGGGUGUUGACCGCCUUCGACUCCAGAGCUCCGGUGGCCGUGGUGUCGUCGUCCGGGCAGCUGCGCGUCCACUUCUACGCUGACAAGAUCAACGCGGCCCGAGGCUUCAACGUCACCUACCAGGUGGACGGGUUCUGCCUCCCCUGGGAGGUUCCCUGUGGGGGAAACUGGGGCUGUUACACUGAGCAGCAGCGCUGUGACGGAUACUGGCACUGUCCCAACGGUCGGGACGAGCUCAACUGUUCAUCGUGUCAAGAGGACGAGUUCCCGUGUUCCAGGAACGGAGCAUGUUACCCUCGAUCGGACCGCUGCAACUAUCAGAACCGCUGCCCUAACGGGUCUGAUGAGAAGAACUGCUUUUUCUGCCAGCCUGGAAACUUCCACUGCAAGAACAACCGCUGCGUGUUUGAGUCGUGGGUCUGCGACGCCCAGGACGACUGCGGCGACGGCAGCGACGAGGAGAGCUGCCCCGUCAUCGUCCCCACCAGAGUCAUCACUGCCGCUGUCAUCGGCAGCCUGAUCUGUGGCCUCCUGCUGGUCAUCGCCCUCGGCUGCACCUGCAAACUCUACUCUCUGCGCAUGUUUGAACGCAGGUCCUUCGAGACACAGCUCUCCAGAGUAGAGGCGGAGCUCCUGAGGAGGGAAGCCCCGCCCUCUUAUGGUCAGCUGAUCGCCCAGGGCCUGAUCCCGCCUGUGGAGGAUUUCCCAGUGUGCUCUGGGAGUCAGGCGUCCGUGCUUGAGAACCUGCGUCUGGCCGUUCGCUCGCAGCUCGGUUUCACCUCCCUCAGACUCCCCUCCUCCACUCGUCAUAGCAACCUGUGGCACCGCCUCUUCACCUUCUCUCGGUCUCGGCGGUCGGGUUCUUUGGCUCUGGUCUCAGCUGAUCUGGAGGACAGCGCUGGUUCUGGAAGCAGUGGGAGUUCCGGUUCAGACCUGCUGUCUCCGGACUCUGACGACACAGAUACGGAGGGCGAGCGAGGGAGAGAGAGAGGCGUCGGUGCCGUGGGCGGGCCCGUGGCCCCGCUUCCCCAGAAGACCCCGCCCUCCACUGCUGUAGAGGCCGUCGUCUCCGUGACGACAUCUGCGACCUCCAUGACCCCGAUACAGAGCAGAGACCGAUGCCGUGACCGUCCCAGAGAAGCCCCACCUCCUUCCAGCCCCGUCACCCUGGCAACAACCAAUCCAGAUCCAGAAUGCCAAAUUGAUACCUCAGAGCUCCAGGCCCCGCCCACCUCUGCCUUGCAGCGCCUCGCCCAGAACCUUCACCGCCUUGCCAGAAACCUGACCAGAACCAGUCAGAACCAGACAUGGACCAAUCACAGCCCACUGCGUCAGCUGGAGACGGGAAGACACGGGGCAGAUGCUGGCGAGCGGCGAGGGAGCCGAGAGGACGAAGAAGACGUGGAGCUUCUCAUCCCCGUGUCUGACUCCGACUCCUCCUCCUCGUCCUCAUUGGUGGGUGACGUCCAACAGUUACUGCUAGAGCCACACCUCUCCUCAAACGUGGGCCAGGCCCCCCGCCAUCACAGAGGAAACGGUAGUCGAGGAGGGCGUGACGGUCCGUGUGAACACUGUGGGAUGGUCCACACGGCUCAGGUCCCCGACGUUUGCCUGGAGGCCACGGGCAAAACAGAGAGCAGUGACGACGAGCUGCUGCUGCUCUGCUAACACGCUAAUGUUAGCUCACAUGCUAACUGACACGACUACUGCUGAUGUAACCUCAUCCUUACAACAUGCUAACGAAUUUACACGAGUACUACAUUGAUCUAAAGUGUUCUAACAUGCUAAGAGCAAAGGUACCUUGAUGCUACACUACACAUUCUGACAGAAAGCUAACAUGCUAACAUUUCAUACUGAACAACAGCUAGCCACUAUGCUAACAUUUCAUACUGGACAAUGGCUAGCCACUAUGCUAACAUUUCAUACUGGACUACAGCUAGCCACUAUGCUAACAUUUCAUACUGGACAACGGCUAGCCACUAUGCUAACAUUUCAUACUGGACAACGGCUAGUUAAUAUGCUAACAUUUCAUACUGGACAACAGCUAGCUAAUAUGCUAACAUUUCAUACUGGACAACAGCUAGCUAAUGUGCUAACAUUUAAGACCACACAGUAGCUAGCAAAUAUGCUAACAUUUGAGACUGACAACCACUACGAAAGACCUGUUAGCAUGUGUUAGCAUGUUAGCCGACUGAAAACUGAGUCCUGACAGAAUAAACGCCGUCCCCAUGUCCCCCUGUUGGUCUGUCACAGGAAAUGAUGAGAGGGUCAUGUGACUGAUGGAGGUCGCUGACAACUGGUAGCUAAUGAAAAGUACUAGCAGGCUAGUUUUAUAGAAGUCUAAAAAAUGAUCUCAGCGCUAAUGAGGAAGAAGAAGUCGUACGACGUGGUAAAACAGCGGUAACGCUGUGCUCGUACGCACAUGCUGCUGCUUCUCUUCAAACAUGGCGGGAUAACGUGCGACUGAUCUGCGACUGUGGAGACUUUGUUAUCAUCGGCCAUCAAAUCACAAUCAAACACAGUUCAGAUGUACAAGAGCGCCCUCCUGUGGUGGGAAAACAAACGCCAUGUCGCCAUCACUUUAGCAACAUUAGCAACUUAUGCUACGAAGGUUCUGCUAACUUCGGACUGACUCCACAGAACCAGCUGUGGGACACGCCCACUAGCAGGAUUUAUAGGGUUAGCGGUUUUCUCAGAAGAAAAGAUGCUGCUAACAACUGGUGUUAGCAUUAGCUGGUCUACCUCCAUCAGUCAUGUGACCCGAGCACUGAGUCUGAUCCACUUCCUGUCUGAAAAAAAACAUAGACUCAAACUAAUGAAGUCUCUUUAUGCAUCUGAAAGGUCAAAGGUCAGGACUGGUGUUUACAUUCUUCUGUCGGACCAGGAGGAGCCAAUCAGAUGUGACAGCUCUGUGCUCCGCCCUCCCUUAGAGUGAAGCCAUGUGUAUUUUCUGAUCUUUGUUAGUUUUUUGGUACGCAGUGUGACUGUAUAUUUAUUAUUGUUAUUAUUAUUAUUAUUAUUGUUAUAAUUAUUGAUAUGACGCGUUGUUGUUGUUGUUGUUGUUGUUGCCGUUUCUUUGUUGUUAUUUCUGCAUGAUUCCAGUGGUUUGGUGUUAGUUUUUCUUUAAGUCUGUUAAAUUAAAAAAGAAAAGAGAGAUAAACUGCACUAAAGAUUAAAAUGUUACGUUUACGUUUGGUGACUCUUUAUCUGUUAUUGUUUUAUUUUUAAUUGAAUCUACGAUUUCCGUAUUUUAUGACCAAACUGAUCAAUGAAUGGAGAAAAGAAUCAGCAGAUAAUAAAAUGAAUCUUUAGUCUAUUGUUAA